UAGGCGGCUGCGAAACGGGGUGGUCGUGCGCGGUUUGCCCCUCGCAACUAUCGUAACAGAAACACGUAUUCUGUUUGGUGACUUAAAAAAAAUUAUCCGGACAUUUGGGAAAUGUGAAAAUAAUUUAAAAUUAGAUUUUAAUGGGCUAUUAGCUUUUGUAAUAAGAUUUAGAGAUGGUUCGCCAAAUAUACCAGUAGACGUGGGUGUUUGGUGACAGGACCCGAACCCGGCAGAGUCCACACAAAUGUGCAGAUGCAAAAAUGUGACAGUGAAAGUUUUGAGGCAUACACCUAAAAUGAAGCGACGCUCGCUGGCCACCGUCCGCGAGGAGCCGUCCAAGAGCAGCAGGAACGGCGACUUCGCCAUUUACAUAAUGGUGACCACCACAGCCGUUCUCAGCUACGUGAACAGCUUGAACGGUGACUUCGUCCACGACGACAUACCAGCUAUUGUGACGAAUGGUGAUGUGACGGGUGCAAACUCUUUAAAGCACCUGUUCUUGGAUGACUUUUGGGGAACGCCGAUGGCUGACGUGAAUAGUCAUAAAUCAUACAGGCCCCUGACUACGCUCUCAUUCAGAUUGAACCACGCGUUAGCCGGCCUCCGGCCGUGGUGGUGGCAUGCAUGCAACGUUGCGUUGCACGCUGCGUGUUGCGUGCUUGUUGCACGCGCCUGCGUUACGAUAGCGCGUUUGCAGCGACCUUUUGCAGCGCUUGCGGCGUUGCUGUUUGCUGUACACCCUGUACAUACAGAGGCGGUGGCCGGCGUAGUAGGCAGAGCUGAUGUUCUAGCGUGUAUAUUUUUCCUGUCUUCACUUUUAGUAUACCACAGACCUACUAGCAACAAGAAGUGUGUGUGGUUGAGUAUAGUGCUCGGUGCACUGAGCAUGCUCGCCAAGGAGACUGGAGUCACUAUACUCAUGCUUAAUUUAGCAUUCGACUUUUAUAGAUGUUGGCCCUAUGUAAAAAGAUCUAUAUGUUCACUGAAAAUAGAGAAAAAGUGCACUGGACUGUCUAUAAGAAGCAUCAAAGUAAUAUUGUCCCUCGCCUUGCUCAUUUGCCUGAGGUUGGCACUACUGCAGGGUACGUGGCCAACGUUCUCACCACAGGACAACCCAGCUGCCUUUCAUCCUAGUUUUUUUGUUAGGCUGAUGACAUUCUGCUACCUGGCAGCGUUUAACUGGUGGCUGAUGUUGUGCCCGUGGUCACUCAGCCACGACUGGCAGAUGGGGUCGGUGCCGCUCAUCACCAGCGGCUGGGAUCCCAGGAACCUGCUCACCUGUGCAGCAUUCGGGGCCUUACUGCUGUUGUGUUACCGAUUUAUAGCCGACUUAGAGGUACAGAGACACACUCCGGCUGUAAUCGGCCUCUUACUGUUGGUGAUACCCUUCGUGCCUGCUAGCAAUUUACUAGUUACCGUCGGCUUCGUUAUCGCCGAGCGGGUCCUUUAUAUACCCAGUGUGGGUAGUGUCAUCAUAACGGCAUACGGGGUGCAACUGAUGUGGUACUCCAAGCCGUGGACAAAAGGCUUCCUUGUCAUCGGGCUGGCGCUACUCGCUGCUAGUGGAGUUGCUAGAACAUAUAAAAGGAACGCGGAUUGGAGAGAUCGAGCUACACUAUUGAGAGCGGAUUUAGUGACUUUGCCCCAGAAUGCUAAACUGCAUUACAACUUGGGCAACUUCUUGAGGGAGAGCGAGCAGCAAGACAGCGCUAUCAGACAUUACAAAGAGGCUUUAAGACUGUGGCCAAGCUACGCGAGCGCCCACAACAAUAUCGGCACGCUAGUUUCGGGGAUGGAUAAUGCUGAGCACCACUUCUUGCAGGCCAUAAAAUACAACAGGCACCACGUAAACGCGCAUUACAACUUGGGCAAGCUUUACAAAAAGAGCGGCCAAACAAUUCAAGCUAUCAAAAUGCUAGAAAAAUGCAUAUGGCUGCAGCCAAGAUUUGUACAAGCGCACGUGGAACUAUUGGCCCUUAAACCAGAGUCAGAGAAGAAGAGUAUACUGACGAAGUUGGUGGAGUUGGAACCAAAUAAUUGGGAACAUUUCGUGCUUUACGGAGACUGGUUGAGGAUGAAAGGUCUACAAAGUCCAGCCUCAAAAUACUACUUAGAAGCUUUAAAACUGAACUUUAAAAAUCGAAAUAUAGAUAAACCAAUUAGAGGUGACCUAAUUGCGUUCAGAUAUACAGUCUUAAUGUACAGAUCGUUAGGACAGAAGUCCAGAAUUCUACAGCUAUUAACAAGGUGGCACACGUGGCGACGCGGCUGGCCGAGUGCAGCAGCGGCGCACAUGUAUCUACGCGACUGGCGACUCAAAAUGGAGCUCGAGGGACGGGUGCAAAUAUAUUCCAAGGCUGUUAAUCCCACUAAAACUACUACCUGUUUCGAUCACUCGCAACUAUCGGGUGAAGUCAAAAAAGCAACAGAAGAUAAAACAAAAAAGUACGAAGAAAAUAAAAAUCAACUAGCAAAUUUAAAGCGUGACGACAAAAAAGUUCUAAGUGCUGAUAGUGACAGUAAUAGUGCGUGCGAAUGUAAAAAGUGCGGGACCAAAAAACGUAACGUAUCUAUAUCGUCUCAAAUCAAAACAACCCAUAAUAAAUCAGAAAUUGGACAUAAGGAGAAGAAAUGUAGUUUGCAUAGAAAAGACAAAACAGUGAAAAACAGUGGAGUCAUACCGAACAUAGGUGGGUUGUCUGAACAUAUUCUUAUGAAGACAUUUUAAGUUGAUAAUAAUGAUCAUAUAAAGUGUGAUAUUUUGAGUGUGACUAUUUAAUUUGAUGACGUAGUAAAGUUUGUGCUUGCGAAAAUUGAUUUUAUUUCCAUAAAGGAACUCAAUAACGUUAGGUGUAAUGCUGACAAUAUCGCAAAGUUGGACGUAGAUAAGGAAAUAGUUGAUGUCAAAAAUUCUAUUAGAAAUAUUUUAUAAGUUGGAAUCAUCGAUCAGUAAUUACCAGAUUUACAUUUUUCUUAUAAAUAAUUGAAUUACAAGCUUUUACCUGUUACUUUGUUCGCGUGAUUGCGAUAUAUUCACUGAUCAGGAUAAAUAAAUUAGCCUGUGUUCUCCAUCAUAUAUAGUACCUAAGUACUAAAUUUCAUAGCGAUUAGAUCAAGUAUUAAGGUGCCAAGACGUAAGAAACAAACAUUUACAUUUAUAACAUUAGUAAGGAUUAUUUUGUUUUGUAUUGCUUGUAUGCUAAUUUGUUUAAUAUUGAAAAUUGAGGUUGCAGCAAUAAUACAAUCAUAUUUCAUUUAUACCAAUGUGUAUAUAUUAAUUUUUUGUACUUUAAUUUUCUACAUUGCAUCAUUUAAACAAAGUAUACUUAUUAAAAUAAUGUGUUAAAGAUCAUUGAUAGGGAAGAUAGCAUCCUGUUUGGAUGAUAUUUUAUUUCACUUUUUGGACGGUGACUGUAAAUCUUGUUAUUACUAAUCAAAUAUGAAAAUCUAAUUUGAAAUCAAAUUCAUUGGAAUUUUUCUAAAAUUAUAUACACAUUGGAGAGAAAAUUAUUAGAUAUCCGAUUAAAUAUAAAUAUAUUAUAUAUAAUUCAUUCAUAACAGUUAACAGUUUUGCAGACUAAUAGAAUUUUUUACAUCGACAUCAUUAGAUAGAUAACUAAUUUUAAACAUUUGUAGAGAAUUGAAAUGAAAAAUAUAUUUUUGUCAAUGGUUAAAGGUUAGGUGAUUUUUAAAGGACAUGCACAAAGUUUUUACGCUAGCAUUAGAAUUUAUACGAUACGUACAAACGGCUCGUUGGACGCAAAUAAAAAUGUGACAAGUUUCGUUUUAUUUUCAAAGUGCAACAUUUGCAGUGCAAGUGGUUGUAACGUGAGAGCUAUAAAUUAAAUAUUUAUUGAAUACAUGACUUUGUGUUGUCAUAUGAAAUAUUAUUUACUAUUUCGUCUAUUUUCGUUAUUUGUCUGUCUAGUUUCAAUAUUUGUCUAUUCCGUUGCAGUAUUACAGUUACAAUUGUUUUUUUUUUAACUGAUGUUGCAAAUAAAAUUGAUGCUUUAUAGACGGAUUGGAUUUUAAAAAACUAUCCUCCUAUAUCAAUAGUAAACUCAGUAGCUUCAAAAAGAGAUUUUUAAUUAUCAUAUACUUUUUGUACAUGUAAAAAGUACUUGGUAAUUUUUAGUAAAAUGGUGUAAAGGAAUGUUAAACAUUAUUAACGCUGAUUUUCAACCGAUUUUUAUAAUUCUUUUUGCAAUUAAUCAUAUAUUAUAUUAGCCAUUAACCGUCCACUGCUAAACAUAGGCCUCUCCCUACUGGGGGGUUUUGCCAAAAGUGCCAUGCUUGGUAGGCGAGUUGGCUACCGCUGUUAGAGACUUUGGUGAUGUCUAAAGAGGGACGCUGCUACCUAUUCCUCAACCUUUAGUCACACAGUUUCAGUUUAGGAGAAGAUGAGUUGGUCCAUUGUAUACUACGCCCACACGAAAUGUUUAGUUCCGUGUUUUUUUUUUCAAUGGUUGAUAAUAGAAUGGUAACCCCGCCUGCACUAACGAUAUACGCUGGCGGGGCACCAGUUAGAGAUGAUAGGCGAGGGUGAAACUUUUAAUUCCCUGUAAGUUAAAUAUUACUUUUGUCACGAUCGAUUUUUUUGCGGAAUAAAAUCAUAAAUUAUGAAAUAACGAAAUUCUCGUAACGCUAAAGGGAGUAAGACAUUAUCGUCAAUGAAUAUUAAAAAGAAAUGAUGAGAAAUAUUUGAGAGCUUUUAUAUUUGUAUAUAAAAAGCUCAAGAUCGUUUAUCGUGGUAGUCCUUAAGGAAGAUUUAUGUUCAGUAGCAGACAAUGAAUGGGUAAAAUGAUAAAGAUGUUGAUCUUUAUAUAGCUAGUAGAUAAUACUAUCUUUAACUCGUGACUUCGUUUGCGUGACUAGAAUAAAAUUGGCCGGAAUAGAUCGUAGUCUAUAUAUAGAUCCUUUUCAAUCCCAUAUAGUAUGUGUAUACCAUCUGUGCCGCUUAUUAUUAGGUGGGCCGUAUGCUUGUUUGCUACAACAGUGGUAUAAAAACUACAAACUUACACUUUUAUAAUAUUAGUAAGAAUUUAUAUUCGUACCAAAUGAAAAAAAUAACUGGACCAAUUUCAAUCAAAUUUUAAUUGGAUCCAGAUAAACUGCAUCAGCUUCUGGUAUUACGCAAAUCUCCAUAAAGGCCAUUGUACUAGCUUAUGUGCGUUUUGACAAAUUUUUGGGAUAUUUCACAAUUUUCCUGUAUAGUUUUACUUAACUAUCUACAGUUAAUUAAUGUCUCUAACUACCUCUUAGAGAUUACAGUUUAGCCGUCAGCUUAUUUUGUUUAGUUUUAGCUUUU